AUUCAAAUCGCUGGAGAGUUGUCAGAGGUUGUGCCACCCACUAAGGAGUGAAAUAUAAAGCACAAACUACCAUAAACCGUUCUAAUGACUAGAAAUUAGAGAAACAACAUUCAGAUUCGUGUAGCAACUAUCAUCGCACAAUCGUAAACGUUCUUAGGUUUUCGUCAUGGAUAAGGAUGUUGAAAAGGUGUAUACUAUCCUUGUGGAAACAAAUUAUCCUGUGUCUCUAGAGGAGGUGAAAAAUCCAACUUCAGAAUGUAUGAUCAAAGUUGUCCUGACUUUCCUAUCAGGAUUCUCAAUUGAUGGAAAUACGAUUCAAAGGGCAACUUUUGAACAGGAACAAAACUUGUCCUAUCCAGAGACUUACCACGAGAUGAUAAGCAUAAUCAAUUUACAUCAAGUGAUGGUGAAAAUAUGCAACCAGAUUUUUAUAAAAGAUUUUUUUAUCACCGAUUUAUCCAGCCCAGGUCAGAAGAGAGCUAGGAGAUUGAUUGGGACAUUAGUAAAUUUUGUUCUAUACGCACAGAAUAAAUCUGAAGAACUAAUAGAACCUUUAAAUACUAUAUUGACCAGAUUAAAUACUUUGAAUGAACAUGUGGAAAGGAAAGAUAAGAAUAUGCAGUUUCGCAAGGACAUAGUACUAGAAAAUUCCAAGAAAGCAGCUCAUAAAGAAAAAUAUCUGAAACAAAUUCAAGAGAUCAAAUCCCGAGUUGAGAAAAGAAAUAAGGCUCACGCUACUGAUGAAGAACGAGCACAAAAUGCUAAGCUUGCUAAAGAGAAGGAACAACAAAACCAUGAAACAAUUAAGCAGCAACUUUUUAAGAUAAACGAGAAUAUAGCUGAAAUGGAAUCUACAAUUGUCAAAUCACCGGAGGAAUAUGAGGCACAGCUGGCCAAUAAUGGACAGUUAUAUGCCGAAAAAGAAGAGAAACUUCAAACACUGGUAGAAAAACUUCGCGCAAAGAGCGAGCUAAACAGUCAGUUUGAAAGAGUCAAAGAUUUCAUUAUUCAAGAGCAUGAAAAGUUUUCUAAAGUGCGGGAUGCCCAUCAUAAAUCUACGGAGCUGGAUAAAGUACAUGCGGAGUUAUCUAGGCAACUAAACGAAGUACAAGCUGAAAUACAAAUAUUGCAUGAGGAAUCGGCGAACCCAGUUACUGACGACAACGAUCCAAUAACGGUCAACGAAGCGCAGGCUCUUUACCAGCAGCAACUCGCAUCACAUCGUGAAAUGCAUAACAAACUCCUGAGUCGAAAUCAAGAGGUUCAAUACAAGUUUGACGAAGCUUCAAUUUGUUGUCAAAAAUCACGUACAAAGAGAGAAUUAUUGACUAAAACAAUUACGAAGCUGGAAGAAGAAAUUGCCCAGCUUCUGAAGGAUUAUCAAGACACGUAUACUAGUAGAAUACAGAAGGAAGUCGAGAUUGAAAAAUUGUGGAAGAAGAGAACUCCGAUAAUUAACUAAUUGCAAUUAAAAGCCUUAUUUUUCUAAAAUCAUUAAAAGCAAACUCAGCGAAAUUGUUUGUUUUUCUUUCGAACAACUCCAGUUCAAUAAAUAUUCUGACUCUAUAAGAGU